GGCGUGGCCGGCGAGCCUUGCUCCGCGGCUUGCCAUUGGCGCGACGCGAAAGACUGGCAGCUGUGGAGGCGUGGCCGGCUCUGUUGUUGUUGGGGUGGGGGAGGAAGGCUUUCCGCUGGCGGCCACGUGACCGCGGCUUGCGUUGGGCGGGAGAGGGGAGAGCGGACAGCGGGCGCGAGCCAGCAGAACGUGACGUCCGUUUGAUCACGUGGCCCGAUGUUGACGUGACGUGUCGCCCGCGUACUGGUGCAUCCCUGACAGGACCCUUACGUCACGUCGUGACAGGUCGCGUGGUGACACCACUUUGGGGGGGGGGACAAGUUUUUAUUUGGGGGGUCACUUCGCAUGGUGAGUUUAUUAUUGUGUGUGGCUCGUGGUUGCUCUAGCAUGUGUUAUAUGGCUGGGGAGGGUAUGACGUAUUACAUGGCGUGUGACGUGAGCCUGUGUGGUAAUGACGUAGUGUGGUCACGUGUUUUAGGCUAAGGUGUGGGCUCUAACCAUUUUGGGGUAUUACAUUGUGUUCCUCUGCAGAGUGGUGGACUAUGCUGGGCUGUUCUGAAAAGCUGACAUUUCUUUGAAGUCUCUCAACCAUGAGCUGCCCCAAGGACAAGGACGAGUGCCCACCUCCGGUGGUGAAACAGCGGCGUCUUGUGGGGACCGAAGAUGUAAAAAAAACAGAUGGGACCAGUGACACACCGGCCAGCCAGGAGGCGGAGGCUGCCCAGGCGUUGUGGGAGAUGACUAACUGGAGAGAGUCCACCGAACAGGGCCCCAAAGGAAAAGAGGGUAAGAAUUGUGCCUCUAAUGUGACUCCGCACACUCGAGAAAGACAAGGACCUGAGGAACACCAUGUUACUCUUCCCAGGCACACUCCUGAACGAGGAGACACAGGUGAGAGUGCUCGGGGAACACCGCAUGCACCUGAAGGUGGAGAAACUGGUGUAAAGCAACCCAAACAGUCAAAGUCAAACGGAGAUGCUGAAGUUGCUGGAGAUUUGCUUGACGGGCGCAAAAGAGAUGUUCCAAAGGCCCCUGAAAAGGCAGAUUUAGAUGAAGAACCUUCUGUGUUGUCUCCACCUUCUUCUGAUUCGGAGAUGGGUGACCCCCGCUCAUGUAGUGAGGGUGACGAGUGCUGCAUUGUUUCUGUGGGUACCCAACCCACCAGCACCGAUCGUUCCUUGCAGGCUCUGGAAUCGGUCCAACAGGAGCUAAGAUCUGUAAAUGAGCGUGCAGACCGGGCACUGCUGCAGCUCAAAAGAAGAUAUGGCCAUCUCAGAAGACCGCAUAUCCAGAAACGCAAUGCCAUUAUACGUACAAUCCCUGGCUUUUGGGUUACAGCUGUAUCCACUAAAUUCUUAUGCUAAGUAAAUAAUUGUUAUUUUUGAAGUAUCAAAGUACAGUACUAUUGUUUUGCUAUCAUGCAGUAGACUGAGAUUAUCAAUCAGUCUGCCCAGCAACUCCGGUCUGCAGCUUCGCUGGGUGAAAAGCUGCAGACCAUGUGAUAGAAAUCUUGCGAGGACCCAGAGUGUUACCACAUCAACACCCUGGGUGCUCGCGAGACUCCUAUCACAUGGUUUGUAGUUCUGCACCCUGGGGAGCUGCAGACCGGAGAGUUAACCCACUGGACCACCAGGGAGGACACUGGACCACAAGGAAGUUUUUAAUAAAGGUAAAACACAACACCUCCUCUCUCUGCCCCCGUCCCUUCCCCCACUGUAACCCCUUCUCUUCCUGCCCCGCCACACUAUAACCCCUUCUCUUCCUGCCCCCCUCCACCACACUGUAACCCCUUCUCUUCCUGCCCCCCUCCACCACACUGUAACCCCUUCUCUUCCUGCCCCCCUCCACCACACUGUAGCCCCUUCUCUUCCUGCCCCCUCCCACCACACUGCUGGCCCUUCUCUUCCUGCCCCCCUCCACCACACCUGUAGCCCCUUCUCUUCCUGCCCCCCCUCCACCACACUGUAGCCCCUUCUCUUCCUGCCCCCCUCCACUGCACUGUAGCCCCUUCUCUUCCUGCCCCUCUCCACCACACUGAAACCCCUUCUCUUUCCUGCCCCCCUCCACCACUGGAAGCCCCUUCUCUUCCUGCCCUCCUCCUGCUGGAGGCCCUUCUCUUCCUGCCCUCCUCCACCACACUGGAAGCCCUUCUCUUCCUGCCCUCCUCCCUGCACUGGAAGGCCCCUUCUCUUCCUGCCCUCCCUCCCACCACCACACUGGAAGCCCUUCUCUUCCUGCCCCAUCCACCACACUGGAAACCCCUUCUCUUCCUGCCCCUCCACCGCACUGGAGCCCUUCUCUUCCUGCCCCCCCUCCGCCACACUGAGCCCUUCUCUUCCUGCCCCCCUCCGCACUGUAGCCCAGCUAUAGCUCCUGCCCCCCUCCACCACCUGUAGCCCCUUCUCUUCCUGCCCCCUGCCCGCACGCAACGGCUUCCUUCUCUUCCCUGCCCCCCCUCCACCACACUGUAACCUUCUCUUCCUGCCCCCCUCCACCACACCUUGACCCCUUCUCUUCCUGCCCCCCUCCACCACUGUAGCCCUUCUCUUCCUGCCCCCCUCCACCACACUGCUUAGCCCCUUCUCUUCCUGCCCCCCCUCCACCACGCAGCAACCCCUUCUCUUCUGCCCCCCUCCCACACUGUAACCAUUUUCUCUUCCUGCCCCCCUCCCACUGUAACCUCUUCUUCUCCUGCCCACACACACUGUAAUCCUCAUCUCCUCCCCCUCCCCACUGCUUGACCCUUUCUUUCCCUUCCCAUACUCUAACCCCUUCUCUCCCUGCCCCCAUCUCCGCACUAUAACCCCUUCUCUCCCUGCCCCUCUCUCUGCACUGUUACUCCUUCUCUUCCUGUCCCCCUCCCUGCACUGUAACCCCUUCUCUCCCUGUCCCCCCACUGUAACCCUUUCUCACCCUGCCCCCCCAAGCUGUCAGCAGCACACACUCCCCCUCCCACGCUAUCACCCUCACCUCUUGUAUCUGUGUGUCAGUUUGUGUGUCAGUGUGUAUCUGUGUACAUAAGUUUCUGUGUGUGGGAAACUAGGUGUCAGUGUGUGUAUUUGUGUGUCUGUGUAUUUGCAUGUGUGUCAGUGUGUGGAAGUGUAUACACUGCACACAAAUGCACACCUGCCUUCAAACACCAACAUUCACACAUACUCCAUACAAAAACAUGCAAACACACAUACAUAAGUUGUAUGCCUGUAAAACAGAUUACCAUUAAGUGCCAAGUUUCUGCUUCUAAAACUGCCAUGAUAUACCAACAUUAUGUCUCUAAAACUGCCAUGAUAUGCCAAUUGUAUGCCUCUAAAGCGGAUUGCCAUGGAGUUUAUUUUUAAAAUAUGCAUUAAAAGCAAGUGGGUCUCGAAAAAUUACAGUUUUCGCAAGUGGGUCUCGGCCCGUAAGUUUGGGAAGCCCUGCACAAGUGUAAAGCAUUAAUGUCUAUGUAGGAUCCUGCAAGACCGAGGGGUUAUCCAUAGAUAAAGUCAAUUCUCUGUAGCCGUUACUGGUUGUGGCUGUUGGGAUUGACACUUCUAGAUGGCUGUAGCUCCACCUCGUAUCUAGAAGUGUCAGUCAUAGGAAAUACUCAGACAAAGUAGUCCCUACUUUGUCUCAGUAUAUCUCUUGACUGGGUUGGAAUUUCAGUUAAAUUCCAACACUGCCAAUAUGAGUAUUUUAUAAAGAUUCAAUCUAGCUCUAUGAAAUGCUCAUUUUUUAGGGUGGGCAACUGCUGUUUUAGGGAAACAAAAUGGGGGGUCUACUGUUUGAUUUUCUCAGGUUUUCUAUUUGUGUGAAAUUGUAUUGAAAGAUUUUAGUGAAGUGACAACCUGCUGCUUAAGUCCCUUAUCGAUAAAAUAUUUAUGAAAUAAUCAUGACUGUUGGAAUGCACGUGAGUACAAUAGCGAUGUCGGCGCUGAAGAGGACCCUGCUGGGUCAAGAUGGAGUAAACUCACCUUUACCUGUCUCACCGGACCACCAGCAUCGAUGUCACAGUCGGGGGACUUUGGGAAUUCAACAAAGUUCCCAAACGAUGACAGUGCCACAUUAAGUGGUUGUUUACUAAACCAGUAGUUGUGGAGAAUUGUAAGUUUUAGGAUAAAAUGGGAGAGUUUUUCCUAUUUGGUUAUUGUGAUCUAUACUUUUAAAAACUUCUGGCAGUCCUUAGCAAUUCUUGUAAUAGGAAUCGAACUAUUACAGGCCAGUAAGCCUUGCUUCAGUAGUGGAGAAAGUAAUGGAAUCCAUGUUAAAGGAUAGGAUUGUUGAACAUCUAAAAUCACAUGAAUUUCAACAUCAGAAACGUGUUUACUUCAGGGAAAUCAUGCCAAUCUAAUGAUGAGUUUUUUUGAUUGGGUAACUAAAAUAGUUCAAGGUAGUGCAGUAGACAUUGCUUACCAAGAUUUCAGUAAUGCUUUUUACACGGUUGCACAUAGAAAGCUUAUUAAUACAUUACAAUCUUUGACUUUGGAUUCCAAUAUUGUAGAAUGGGUUUGGCAGUACCUGAGUGACAGGCAACAGAGGGUUGUAGUCAAUGGAGUAUGUUUGAAGCAAGGUCUUGUUACCAGUGGGGUACCUCAUGGAUCUGUACUUGCACCCAUUCUCUUUAAUAUUUUUUUUUUAGUGAUUAUUGCAUAAGGUCUUGAUGGUAAGAUAUGUCUUUUUGCUGAUAUUACAAAGAUUUGCAACAGAGUUUAUGAUCCUGGAUGGACAAGCUGAAUUGCAAAUGAUUUAGGUAAACUAGAAAAAAUGGUCAGAGCUGUGGCAACUGACAUUUAAUGUGGAUAACGCAUCUUGGGCCUAAAAAAAACCCAAGGGCAGAGUAUAGAAUAUUUGAUAGAGUCCUAACCUUAACAUCUGAGGAAAGGUAUUUAGGGGUAAUUAUUGCAGAUGCCUUAAAGGUAGGCAGACAAUGUAAUAGAGCAGCAGGAAGUGCUAGCAGAAUGCUUGGUUGUAUAGGGAUAGGUAUUAACAGUAGAAAGAGGGAAGUGCUCAUGACAAUGUACAGGGCACUGGUGACAUGUAGUAUUGUACUGGAGACCGAAUCUCCAGAAGGAUAUUGAUACUUUAGAGAGAGUUCUGAGAAGGGUUACAAAACUGGUUCAUGGAUCGCAGGAUAAAACUUACCAGGAAAGGUUAAAGGAUCUUAACAUGUAUAGCUUAGGGGAAAGAUGAGACUGGGGGAUAUGAUAGAAAAAUUAAAUACAUAAAGGGAAUCCACACAGUGAAGCAGGAGACUAUAUUUAAAAGAAGAAAAACUACCACAACAAGAGGACAUAGUCUUUAAAUUAGAGUGGCAAAGGUUUAAAAAUUAGGGAUCGACCGAUUAUCAGUUUUACUGAUGUUAUUGGCCGAUAUUCGUUAUUUCAAUAAAGAUACCGAUAUUGCCGAUAAUACCUCCUAGGACCGCUGGGCUCAUUACAAGCCCGGGGGGGGGGGGAGCGGGGGGCGGCAGCAAGCUGUUAAUUACCUUUCCAGCAGCUUCCUGUGUAAAUCUCGCAAGUCCCAUGGCAACGCGGCACUCAGACCACAAGAUUUACACAGGGAGCUGGAGGAGCUGCAGGAAAGGUAAGUAACAGCUUGCUGCGGGCCCCUCCACUGCUCAGCCCAUACCACUGGACCACCAGUGUAAAAAGGGAGGAGAGAAAGGAGGAUGUGCAUAGCUUGAGAACUGUUGAGAUAGACACAAUACAUGGGGAAAGGCAGAGAUUGGCCAACUUAGAUGUACUGAGAUCUAGUCAAGGUGCUAAAAUAAAGAGAUCAGUGUCAUGUGACAUGCGGUCCUGAGGAUAUGGGAGGGAUGGGUUGAUAUGGUGUGAAGAACAGGAACAGUUAGGGGGAAAAUAUAAGAUAUUGGGCGGGGGAUUACCCCAAUCAUAGACUUGCCUAGGACCUCAAUAAUUAGUACGGAUUGCAUACAUUUCUGACUUUAUUUUACCAUUAAGAAGAAAUUACAUGUAAUUGAUAUGUAGGACAAUAUUCUGAUUGUUCAAUCUGAGAAUAAUUUUUAAAAAGUCAGCACUUUACUUACAAACGAGAAGAGUGCAGAGUUUUAGCUGCCUGUGCUAUGGCGUUCUUGGUCAAGGUAGUUCAUUUUAAUAAAAUGUGCACAAAAAUUAAACUAAAAAUAUUUUCUUUUGGUUCAACAUGUAUAGCCCCCCCUCCCUGGCCAGGCAACAAGCAGGGAGGGGGGACAAAAAAAAAAUAUAAAUAUAAAAAAAUAUUAAAAUGAAAAUCCCCCCUCCCCCCAUUUUACACAAAUUACAUCCAUUCAGAAACACACACUAUAUUCACUAUACACACACUACACACUGCAUUCAUUAUAUACACACACUGCAUUCAUUAUAUACACACACUGCAUUCAUUAUAUACACACACUCUGCAUUCAUUAUAUACACAAACACACACAGCUCCCCUGUCUAAACACACUGCAUGCACUACACUUGGCAUGUAUAUUUUGUGCAUUUACCUUUUAGAAAUAGUUUAUUUUUUCAAAAUGGUAAAUGUACAGAAUAUCGGCAAGUUGUCGGCUAUCGGCCUGAAAGCUCACAGAUUAUCGGUAUUGGCUCUAAAAAAAUCAAUAUCGGUCGAUCCCUAUUAAAAAUAUCAGGAAGUAUUACUUUACAAAGAGAGUAGUGGAUGCAUGGAAUAGCCGUCCAGCUGAAGUGAUAGAGGUUAACACAGUGAGGUAGUUUUCAGCAUGUGUGGGAUAGGUGUAAGGCUACCCUAGAUAUAAGAGACUAAAGUAUUUAGAAAAUUGGGCAGACUAGUUGGGCUAAUGGUUCUUAUCUGCCUUCACAUUCUGUUUUGUGAAACGAUUCUUUAGUGCGAAUGGGUUUUUUUUUUUUUUCUUCUUAAUUGUGUAUGAGCAACAGAGCCAUGAAAUGAUAGAAACUUUCUACAUCCAUAUUUGCCAGAAAGUAAAACCACUCCUAAAAAUAAUUCUUAAAUGACCAGCUGCAGAGUUUUAAAAAGUUACUAGAAAGGAAAUUAAAUAAUUGCGGUAAAGUGUGUGAUGCAGUGUUCUUCAAAAAUUUUUUGUAUGUGCCCAUCUACAUUCUGGAAUUUAAAGUUAUGCUUGCUUGAGCACAGGUGUAUCACUGAAAAUGACCAUAUUAUGUGGUUUAUUUUUCUGUGCUGAUUUUCGGUUGUUUUAAUUGUAGCUGUUGGAGCACAAGAGUACUAUUUAAUGAAUAGAAGAAUUGUAUUCACUAUAGACCGAAUUAUUGUGAAUUGAAAUUCAAAUUGCAGCCAUUCUGCCUUUAGUGAUUAAAUAUUGGUGUAGUAAAUGUGUUUUGAGCUGAAGCACAAAGUUGAGUGAUGCUGAAUAGGGCUGUUGAUGCUUAACGUGGAAUUCAAUAAUUUUGUAAUUGGCUACAUUCCUAGAAGAAGACAUAUUUGAAAUUGUUAAUUUGCACAGACAUAGCUUGCAGUGUAUCACCCAAUGUGAAAUUAAGAUGUAGCCUUUACCUCUUAUAACUUUGAACUGUAAUAUGCAUUAACAUAGUAGUAGCCAAUGUAUUUAUUAGAAAGUGAAACUAAGAAGUGUGCUACAUACCUAUGAGCAGUUCAGUUCACUUUACAAUUACUUUUUAUUUGAUAGUGCCAUUUGCCUUGCUGAAUUGGUAGCAUAGAUAUAUAGAUUGAUAGAUCUAUAGAAACAUAGAAUGUGACGGCAGAUAAGAACCAUCCAGCCCAUCUAGUCUGCCCAAUAUUUCAAAAUACUUUUAAUUAGUCCCUGGCCUUAUCUUAAGUCUAGGAUAGCCUUAUGCCUAUCCCACGCAUGCUUAACCUCCUUUACUGUGUCAACCUCUACCACUUCAGCUGGAAGGCUCUAUUUCAUGCAUCCACUACCCUCUUAGUAAAGUAAUACUUCCUGAAAUUAUUUUUAGACCUUUGCCCCUCUAAUUUAAGACAAUGUCCUCUUGUUGUGGUAGUUCUCCUUCUUUUAAAUAUAGUCUCUUCCUUUACUGUAUUGAUUCCCUUUAUGUAUUUAAAUAUUUCUAUCAUAUCCCCCCUGUCUCGUCUUUCCUCCAAGCUAUACAUGUUAAGAUUAGUGAUGUCCCGAAUGGUUCGCCGUGAACGGUUUGCCGCGGACUCAUCAUUGAGUAAACUUUGACCCUGUACCUCACAGUCAGCAGACACAUUCCAGCCAAUCAGCAGCAGACCCUCCCUCCCAGACACUCCCACCUCCUGGACAGCAUCCAUUUUACAUUCAUUGUGAAGCUGCAUUCUUAGUGAGCUGUCCAGGAGGUGGGAGUUUCUGGGAGGGAGGGUCUGCUGCUGAUUGGCUGGAAUGUGUCUGCUGACUGUGAGGUACAGGGUCAUGGUUUACUCAAUGAUGAGUCCGCGGCGAAUCGUUCGGGACAUCACUAGUUAAGAUUCUUUAACCUUUCCUUGUAAGUUUUAUCCUGCAAUCCAUGAAGCAGUUUAGUAGCCCUUCUCUGAACUCUCUCUAAAGUAUCAAUAUCCUUCUGAAGAUACGGUCUCCAGUACUGCGUACAAUACUCCAAGUGAGGUCUCACCAGUGUUCUGUACAAUGGCAUGAGCACUUUUCUCUUUCUACCGCUAAUACCUCUCCCUAUACAACCAAGCAUCCACAUUAAAUGUCAGUUGCCACAGCUCUGACCAUUUUUCUAAUUUUUCUAAAUCAUUUGCCAUUUUGCUUAUUCCUCCUAGAACAUUAACCAUGUUGCAAAUUUUAGGCUCAUUACAAGCCCGGCGGUCCUAUUGGGGGCUGGCAGAGAGCUGUAACUUACCUUUCCUGCAGCUCCUGUCAGCUCCCUUCUCUCUCCUCCGUUCCGGUCAGCUCCCCUGUCAGCCCCACUGCAAGUCUUGCGAGAGCCGCGGGGUCAGAGCAUUGCCACGGGUUACCGUGGCAACGCUCCGCGCGGCACUCACACCGUGAGACUUGCAGUGGGAGCUGACAGGAGCUGCAGGAAAGGUAAGUUCCAGCUCUCUGCCAGCCCCCAUCCUACACAGCCCAUGCCACUGGACCACCAGGGAAUGAGAGCCCCCCUCCCUGCCAUGUAUCAAGCAUUAAAUAAUAUAUAUAUAAAAAAAUAUUAAAAUAAUAAUUUAAAAAAAUAAUGAAAAUGCCCACCCCCCACCAAGGCUCUGCAUCACAUACACAAACAGGCUCUGCAUCACAUACACAAACAGGCUCUGCAUCACAUACACAAACAGGCUCUGCAUCACAUACACAAACAGGCUCUGCAUCACAUACACAAACAGGCUCUGCAUCACAUACACAAACAGGCUCUGCAUCACAUACACAAACAGGCUCUGCAUCACACACACAAACAGGCUCUGCAUCACACACACAAACAGGCUCUGCAUCACACACACAAACAGGCUCUGCAUCACACACACAAACAGGCUCUGCAUCACACACACAAACAGGCUCUGCAUCACACACACACACACGCUCUGCAUCACACACACACACACACACCGCAUUCAUUAUAUACACACACUGUAAAUAAAUAUUCAAUUAAUAUAAUUUUUUGGGGAUCUAAUUUUAUUUAGAAAUUUACCAGUAGCUGCUGCAUUUCCCACCCUAGUCUUAUACUCGUGUCAAUAAGUUUUCCCAGUUUUUGGUGGUAAAAUUAGGGGUCUCGACUUAUAUUCGGGUCGACUUAUACUCUAGUAUAUAUGGUACCUUACCAUCAAGACCUUCUGCAAUAUCACUAAUAAAAAUAUUUAAGAGAAUGGGUCCAAGUACAGAUCCCUAUAUUGGUAUGUAGAAGAUUUAAGGGGACACUCAAUCACUCAAUUCAGGCUUUUUGCAAUAAACACUGUAUUUUAAGAGAAAAUGCAGUGUUUACAUUACAGCCUAGUGAUAACUCCUCUGGUCACUCCACAGAUGGCUACUAGAGAUGCUUCCUGGGGCAGUGCUGCACCGUGAACAGCACUGUUAUUCAAUGUCUCUUCCCUCUGCAUGCAGACAUUGAACUUUCCUCAUAGAGGUGCAUUGAUUCAAUUCAUCUCUUUGAGUAGAUGCUGAUUGCUCAGGGCUGUGUUUGACUUGUGCUGACUGUGCCACUGAUCUACCCCCUUGACAGUGUCAGCCAAUCCUUUCUGGAAGCAUUGUCAUUGGCUCAGACCUCCACGUCUGCUGAUGUCAGCAAACAUGGGCAGAGCCAGUAACUGCAGAAUUAAGUACAAGUAAGAUUUUACUAUAUUUAGUGAGGCAAGGGGGACUAGAUGGUGGUUUUAAAACUAUAGGGUCAGGAAUACAUGUUUGUGUUCCUGACCCUACAGUGCUCCUUUAAGCGGUCAACACAAAGUUGUUAACAUCAUGCAAUUGUGAGGACACUACUCGAGCAAAUGAUCUGAUCUUUGCAUUUCUUACCACUUUUCUAAUCACACGGUGUAUGUUUAAUUAUUCCCUGAAGAAGGAAAACUGGAUAAACUUUGUAGGUCACUCUUUUGGGAUUGUUUAAGCUAUUUUACUGGCUGUUAUUCACUGAAGUGUCAGUUGUUGAAUUUUAAGUAAAAAUAGACAAACUGAAAAGUUUUUUUUCAAGUCUGUUCUCAGUUUGCCUAUUUUGACCUAAAAUUUUGAAUUUACUUAAUUUUCUUAAAAUUUGCACUUUAGUAAAUACCUUUGUUGCUUUUGAAGGUGUUGGGUAUUUCUCAAUGCAUUCUUCAGAUCUCCUGUGACCCAGCAUAAAGGCUGUGAACACACCUCGUCUUCCUUAACCUAUUGCUUCAGUUUCUCAAUCACCCCCAGCUCUCUGCAAUGAUUGAUGAUCGUGAUGAGGAUACUCUGAGUUACAUGAAUAAUCUACAGGUUGGUAGGACAUGCAGCUAAAGCAUCCAUGUACUUCUAUAUAUGUAUACCUUUAAGUCUUAAUCUUUGACUUGGCUGUAAUUUUUCAUGAUUCCUUUUUUUUUUUUUCCUAUUUUAAUCAUUUGUUACUUUGCUACAUAUUUUUUUCACUCUUAUACCAAUAGGUGGAUGAUUUCACUCAUAUAAAGUCUAGCUGCAGAAUUAAAUUCUACUUCAACUCUAACCCUUACUUUAAGAAUGAAUUAAUCACCAAGGAGUUUCAAUAUGGUUCUUCAGGUGAGCAAAGUUCACUCUGUGUAAUGCAGCCUUUUUUGUUCAACAAAACUAAACUGCUAAAUGUUUUGUACCAAAAACAAAGACACUGUAGUAGUUAUGGCGCUAGGACUACUCUGGUGCUGUUCCUGGUAAAAUGUCAAACUAUUCUACAGGGGUGUACUUAAAAUAUAUAUAUAUAUAUAUAUAUAUAUAUAUAUAUAUAUAUAUAUAUAUAUAUAUAUAUAUAUAUAUAUAUAUAUAUAUAUAUAUAUAUGUGUGUGUAAAUAUAAUAUUUACAAAUUAAAGUAUAAAUUGUUGUAUUUGUUUAAUCAAACCGUGUCCUCGCUAACCUAAACACACUCCAUGCUCACACACGAACUAACAUAUGCACUGAUCCAUUUAUACACAGACUACUUCUGACUCGCUCACAGACAAUGACCCAUUUACACAAACUACAUGUGACCCACAUAUUAUCCAGCCGAGGGAUGCACCAAAAGUAUCGACCGAAAAUGGGGGCAAAUCUGCCAAAAAUGGGAUGCGCGAUACCUAUCGCCGACGCCUGGGGCAUGCAGUUCCGGGCGCCGGGUAGGUAGUUAUUUUAUCUUUUAAGCUCUGCUGCGGGCUAGUAGCAGAGGGUCUUAAGGCAGAGUGACUUGUCAGGACCAGACCGCCGGUUGCGAUGCCCCUCCCGUCUGCGUGGGAGAGAGCCAGUACAGUCUGCAGCUCCGCUGGAUGUAAGCUGCAGACUGUGCUGUAUCUCGCGAUCUAUGGCCAAUCCGUGUUGCCAAGGGUUACCACGACAACCCUAACUUCUGGAUAUUGCGUGAUACAGCAGUCACUCUGUCACCCCCUCCCUCACUGUGUUUACCAGUCGCCCCCUCGCUCGCUCUGUUACCAGUCGCCCCCUCCCUCGCUCUGUUACCAGUCGCCCCCUCCCUCGCUCUGUUACCAGUCGCCCCCUCCCUCGCUCUGUUACCAGUCGCCCCCUCCCUCGCUCUGUUACCAGUCGCCCCCGCUCUGUUACCUCGCUCUGUUACCAGUCGCCUCGCUUGUUACUGCCCCUCGCUUCUGUUACUAGUCAGCCUUCCUCGCUUCUGUUACCAGCCUCCUCGCUUGCUACUACAGUCGCCUCGCUUCUGUUACCAGUCGCCUCUCCUCGCUUCUGUUACCAGUCGCCUCCUCGCUUGUUACUAGUCGCCUCCUCGCUUCUGUUACCAGUCGCCUCUCCCCUCGCUUGUUUCAGUCGCCUCGCUUCUGUUACCAGUCGCCUCCCCCUCGCUUCUGUUACCAGUCGCCUCCCUCGCUUCUGUUACCAGUCGCUUUCUCCUCGCUUCUGUUGCCUUUAUCGCCCUCCCUCGCUCUGUUACUAGUCGCCCCCUCCCUCGCUCUGUCGCCCCCUCGGCUUGUUACCAGUCAGCCUCCCUCGCUUCUGUUACCAGUCGCCCCCCUCCCUCGCUCUGUUACCAGUCGCCCCCCUCCCUCGCUCCCUUCCCCGGUCUGUCACCAAUCAUCCCUAGCCCACCCCACACUAUGUGCCUUACACACACACUGAAUCCCUAGCCCACCCCACGCUAUGUGCCUUACACACACACUGAAUCCCUAGCCCACCCCACGCUAUGUGCCUUACACACACACUGAAUCCCUAGCCCACCCCACGCUAUGUGCCUUACACACACACACACACACACACUGAAUCCCUAGCCCACCCCACGCUAUGUGCCUUACACACACACACACACACACUGAAUCCCUAGCCCACCCCACGCUAGGUGCCUUACACACACACACACACACACACUGAAUCCCUAGCCCACCCCACACUAGGUGCCUUACACACACUACAUAACCUACACAAAUCAUUUGAGGAAAAAAGUCCUUUUCAGUUUCUGUUUCAGCCCAGAAUUUUAAUUUCGGUGCAUUCCUAAUCCAGCCCCAUUCCAUAUUUCACAUGGAAUUUUGCAGUCUGUCUCUUUGACUUUUCUUUCCUCUGCAAGAGUGCCGGCUGCCGGGGUAUGACGCCAUGCUGUUUCCAGAUGGCCAUAAGCUCUGUGCAUAGCGAGGAACGCCUACUGCUCCUCGCACCUCCCCAUGUCUGGCAGUCCACUGCAGCCCCUAAAGAAUAACAAAAAAGAAAAUUAAAGGACCGCUGUAGGCACCCAGACCACUUCAGCUUAAUGAAGUGGUCUGGGUGCCAGGUCCAGCGAGGAUUAACCCUUUUUUCUAUAAACGCUAUGUUUAUAAUAGGGUUAAUCCAGCCUCUAGUGGCUGUCUCAUUGACAGCAUGCGCAUUCAGUCGAUGACUUCGCUAUGGAGGAGAAGGAGGAGGAGAGUCCCCCGCCUGGCACUGGAGAAAGAGGAAAGUUUUAACCCCUUCCUCCCCUAGAGCCCGGCGGGAGGGGCACCCUCAGGGUACUAUAGUGCCAGGAAAACGAGUGUGUUUUCCUGGCACUAUAGUGGUCCUUUACACGCCCAUUACCAGAAACUGCAUUUCCCUGGUGUUUGGCAAUAUAAAUUCCACAUCCCCAAUUCUAGUAUGGUUGUCUCUAAUACUUAAUUGAUUCGCUUGAGCACAGCUGUUGAUCUCAAGUAGAAGUUAAAUGUCUUUUUGUAACAUAGUAGGUCACAGCUAAAUUGAAGUGACUGAAAUUCAUAGGAUGGAUGUAAGUGUUUGUCAUAAAGUUUUUGUGCAAGAGGAACCAACAUUUGUUAAAGUGUCAUGAUUCGCGAUGAUUGCUCUGGAGGGAUGAUUUACGGUUUAUUUCUUCUCUUUAUUUCUUUCUCUUCUCUUAAAGGACGCUUAGUCUCUCAUUCUACACCCAUCCGUUGGUGGCGAGGACAAAACCCUUCUGCAUAUAAAGGAAAAUCCAGGAAUUCUGCUCCCAGCUUUUUCAGCUGGUUCUCUGAUCAUAGCUUUCCUGCAGCUGAUCGAAUAGCAGCGGUAAUGUCCUCCUCUAUUUGAUGAAGAAUAAGGAUGUCUUAGUUGAAUUGUUCAUGUUAUUUUAAAGUUAAACCAUUUGUUAUCAUCCAGAUAAUCUUAUUUUUUUUUGUGUGUGUCUGUGUCUAGAUCUCUGUAAGUUUAAACAAUGUGUUCGUUCUCAUAGAUAAUUAAAGAGGAUCUGUGGCCAAACCCUUUACAAUAUUACCUAAUUGGUGAGGGAGACAGUGAUGACAAUGCAGUGGAGGAUAGGUAAGGAGUAAAAACUUAAUAUUCUGUGUUUUCUCAUUCAUUUUAUAUAAGAAUUAUGAAAACCUUUUUAUGUGUCUCAGCGAUACAGACAAUCUCGAUGACUGUGUGGUCAUUGAUGACGAUGAGGAGGAGGAAGAGGAGGAGGAGGAGGAAGAAGAGGAGGAGGAGGAGAAUGAAGUUCAUGAGAUAUCAGAUAACACUGAGAAACAAGCAGAUGGUAAGGCAUACUUUUGUUGGGCAGUUUAUAUAUUUAUAUGUAUAGCAGUUCCAUUUGGGACAAAUGCUGAUAAGAGGUGAAGUAAUUAUAUUUUUUAAAAAGGCAGAAGAAAAAUCAUAAUUUGUAACUGCGUUACACUGCAGCUUUGUGUUUCACAGAAAUAGCCUACUUUAUAUAUAUGAAUUAACUCUAUUGCCAUACUCAUUUCAAUAGUCACAUUUUUAUGUUGUAACACUUCUUUAACACAAGUUAAAUUUUAUUCAGUAGCGCAUUUAAUAGAUCGUAACAGAAUUAUUAAAGGAAAACUGAAAUGUUAAAAAUUAUUUUACUUUUUAAUGUUCGUUUUAGUGUUCAGAUUUAGAGAACCCCACCUCCCAUAAAAAAAUGUGAAGACCAUUUUUAAAAAUCUUUAGGACAAAUGUAAGCAAACAGCUGUGUUUGCCACACCUCCCCUGGGUGUGACUGAAACAGUUUGCAUGUUAAAAAAAAAAUAUAUAUAUAUUUUCAAUCACAUGUUAACUUACAUUAAGAUUUUUUUUUUUUUUUUGUCUCCUACUCUAUAAAUUGAACUUUAAUCACACGCAGCAGGAUCCUGAGGUCAAGCAAGCUAUUAACAGUGCAGGAGAUAGCAAACUUUAAAUUAAACAUAAUGUGCUACAAAGGAAGUAUAAGCAUUUUAAAUCUCACUUUACAGGAAGUGUUGAGGAAGGCUGUGCAAAUCACAUGCAAGGAGGUGUGACUAAGGUUGUAUAAACAACGUCAUUUAACUCCUAAAUGGCCUAUAUUAGAACAGUGAAGACUGCAUGGGCACGGUCUGUACACCAAAGCUGAGUCAUUAAGCUAAAGUUGUUUUGGUGAUUAUAAUAUCCCUUUAACCCCUUAAGGACAGAGGACGGUUCAGGACCGUCAUCGGCAUUUUCCCAUUGCCGACCGAUGACGGUCCUGAACCGUCCUAUCGGUCCUAGUUACUUACCUGAUCGCCGUCGUUCCCCUGGCGGCGAUCAGCGUGGCUCCCGUUGUGGGGAGACUGCCUGCAGCCCAGACAGUCUCCCCACACUGAAUUAGGACCCCUGUGGCCAUGUGAUCGCUCAACACAGCAAUCACAUGGUCAGAGUGUCUGCCAGCAGGGGGACUGUCUGUGCUGACAGGCAGUCUCCCUGCAUGUGUAAAAUAAAAAAAUAAAAAUAAAGUUAAUGUUAAUUAAAAAUAGAAAAAAUUAUGUGUGUGUGUGUGUGUGUGUAUAUGUAUAUAUGUGUGUGUGUGUGUGUGUGUAUACUAUAUAUCAUAUAUAUAAUACUAAGUGUAUUUUUAUAUUAAUAUGUACUUAUAUUAAUAUAAAAAUACACUUAUAAUUAAAUUACACACGUGUAUGUGUGUGUAUAUAUAUAUAUAUAUAUAUAUAUUAUAAAAUAUAAAUAAUAAAUUUAAAUUAAAUAAAACAUUUUUUAAGUAAUAAUAAAAAUGUAAAAAAAAAUAUAUAUCUAUAUGAAAUUUUAUUCUAACUGUAUUUUAAAAUUAAUAUAUAUUUAUAUCAAAAUACACUUAGAAUGAAUUUGUAUAUAUCUGUAUAUAUAAAUAAAUAAAAAUAAUACGAAAUAUACAUAUGUCCAUAUACAAAAUUACAUAAAUAAUUAUAUAAAUAUACAUGUAGACUUAAAAUAUAUAAAUAUGCAUAUAUAUAUUUAAAUUCUACGUGCGUAUUUAUGUAAUAUUUUUACAUAAUUCAGUAAUUUUAUUGAUUGCAAUUUGAGGGACCUGCCUGCCAACCCAGGCCGAAAGCCCAGAGAAUUUAAUUUGCUAGCACUGUAUUUUACCCUGUAACGUUCUACGACACCCUAAAACCUGUACAUGGGGGUACUGUUUUACUCGGAGACUUCGCUGAACACAAAUAUUAGUGAUUCAAAACAGUAAAACAUAUCACAGCGAUGAUAUUGUCAGUGAAAGUGACUUUUUUUGCAUUUUUCACCCACAAACAGCACUUUUACUGAUGAUAUUGUUGUGAUACGUUUUCCAGUUUUUAAACACUAAUAUUUGUGUUCAGCGAUGUCUCCCGAGUAAAACAGUACCCCCCCAUGUACAGGUUUUAUAGCAUUUUUGAAAGUUACAAGGUCAAAUAUAUGGGUCAAAUAUUUUUACAUUGAAAAUGGUCAGGUUGGUUACGUUGCCUUUGAGAGCGUAUGGUAGUCCAGGAAUGAGAAUUACCCCCAUGAUGGCAUACCAUUUGCAAAAGAAGACAACCCAAGGUAUUGCAAAUGGGGUAUGUCCAGUCUUUUUUAGUAACCACUGAGUCACAAACACUGGCCAAAAUUAGCAUUCAAUUUACUUUUUUUUUUACUUUUUUCACACACAAACAAAUAUGAAUGCUUACUUUGGCCAGUGUUUUUGACUAAGUGGCUACUAAAAAAGACUGGACAUACCCCAUAUUGAAUACCCUGGGUUGUCUACUUUAAAAAAAAAAUAUGUACAUGUGGGUUGUUAUUCAGAGAUUUGACAGAUAAUAGUGUUACAAUGUCACUAUUGAUAAAUUUUAAAAAUGUAUGUUUUGAAACCGCAAUAUCCUACUUGUACCUAUAGCCUAUAACAUGCAAAAAAGCACGUAAACACUGGGUAUUUUUAAACUCAGGACAAAAUUUCGAAUCUAUUUAGCAGUUUUUUUCAUUCACUUUUGUACGAGUAAAAGAUUUUUCAAGUAAAAGUCAAAAAACAUGUAUUUCAAUUUUUCAUAUUUUUUUAUUUUUUUUAAAUUAAGAUACAUGAGAUUAUAUAAAUAAUGGUAUGUAAAGAAAGCCCCUUUUGUCCUGAAAAAAACAAUAUAUAAUUUGUAUGGGAACAGUAAAUGAGAGAGCGGAGAAUUACAGCCAAACACAAACACCACAAAAGUGUAAAAAUAUGCCUGGUCGCAAAUGUACAUUGCAAAAAAAAGUCCAGUCCUUAAGGGGUUAAGUUACGAUGGAACAAACACACAGAGCAAAUUCUAGGUUUUGUUUUGGUUCAGAAGUCGGACACUUGCCUCUGGUUUUUAAAGGGUUAAAAAGGUAUAAUUGUUACAACACAGUUUACUUUAGAAAAUAAAAAGUUCAAUUCAACAAAGCAGGAUAUCAUUUCUAAAGUAAAACAUACUGUGCUGAAGGAUCUGAUUGAAUUGAAUUUUUUUUUUUUUUUACAGCAGGUAGGUGUGGCUAGGGCUGCAUAAACAAAAACAUAAGUGAUUUAACCCCUUAAGGACGGUGGGCGUUCUAUAACGUCGUGUUUUUUGGGCAGUCCUAAAUGCCGGAGGGCGGCAUAAAACGUCCCCCUGCCGUUCAGGGGACUUACCGGGUCCCGGCAAAUCCCACGUCGGUGGUCGCGAUCCGGGGGGCUGUUUGGGAGCCCAGGCAGCCCCCUUCAGCAUAAUCCGGCCCUCCAGGGCCAUAUGAUCGCGGGGUCCUUGCGAUCACAUGGCCGGAAUAGCCGACAUAUGCAGUGCCAGCAGGGGGACUGCCUGAAAAAAAGUUUAAAAAGUUAGUAAAGGGAAAAAAAAAGUUUAAAGUAAAUUAAAGCACUUAGAUAUUAGAUAUAUAUAUAUAUAUAUAUAUAUAUAUAUAUAUAUAUAUAUAUAUAUAUAUAUAUAUAUAUAUAUAUAUAUAUAUAUAUAUAUAUAAUAUCUAAGUGCUUUAAUUUACUUUAAACUUUUUUUCCCCUUUACUAACUUUUUAUAUAUAUAUAUAUAUAUAUAUAUAUAUAUAUAAUGUGUGUGUGUGUAUAUAUAUGUAUAUAUAUAUAUGUGUGUGUGUAUGUGUGUGUAUGAUCUAAGUACCGUAUAUACUGGAGUAUAAGACGACUUUUUCAGCACAUUUUUUAUGCUGAAAAAGCCCCCCGGCUUAUACUCGAGGGUCCCACUACAUACCGCGGGUACCCGCCGCCAUAAUCAUUUGCGGCCCGGCCCACAUGGCGGGCCGGCGUCCAAGGGGUCCAUCGGGAUAUGGAUUGUCAGGGGGCCCGGUCGGAGCUGGGCGCUUUAACUGCGUGACCGGGCCCCCUGUGAUGAGAUCUGCACGUCACUCCUCCCAGCAAUCACUGAGCCUACAUGGGAGGAAGACCAGGGAGUCAGAGUGGGAACUCUGACUCCCAUCAACCUGAGUCUACCUCCUGCACCUAAAAGGUAGGAAACAGGAGGGUGACCUAAAUAUUAUAUAUAUAUAUAUAUAUUAAAUAUUAUGUUUGUUUGUAUGUGUCUUUGUAUGUCUUGUGUGUCUGUCUAUCUGUCUGUAUGUGUGUCGUGUGUGCCUGUCUGUUUGUAUGUGUCGUGUCUGUCUGUAUGUGUGUGUCUGUCGGAGGGAAAGUUAGAGGGAGAGGUGUGGGGCCGCGGAUCAGUUUCGCACCGGGGCCCCAUGGGUUAUGUGUACGCCACUGGUCCCACUUACCUGUUUCCCCGGUGCAGUGCGGAUGUUCUCUGGUCCCUCCCGCUCAUCUGCGGGCGCCUGCAGCCUCUGUGUGUGGUCCAAUGACUGUUGAUAUCACCAUUCUUCCUUUCUCCUGCACGCUGGCCGUAACGCAGCGAAUGCAGUAAUACAGUGCGUACACAACGCAGUGUGUAUAUUAUGAGCCCUAACACAAGCUGCUCUAUGCAGUCAUGUCACCACUUUCUGGAAUAUCAUCAGCCUGCGUUAGGGCUCAAACUAUACAAGCUGCGUUGUGUACAUGCGGUAAGGCAGCGUAUGUAGUAACACAGCGUGUAUAGUAUGAGCCCCAACACAGGCUGCUCUAUGCAAACAUAGUCAGCAUUCUUUUUCAAAGUCUUUUUUUUUUUUUUUUAUCCUGUUAGAAAUGGAUCCCAAUACUUCUAAUACUUCUAAUCCCGGACCAAAACAAAAACGCAGGUCAUACGAAGCUGGUUUCAAACUUAAGGUUGUGUCAAGAGCAGAAGAAAGCAAUAACAGUAUUGCAAGUAGGGAAUUUUGUGUUGACGAAAAACAAGUGAGGGAGUGGCGGAAAAUGAAAGCUGACUUGGAAAAGAUUCCAAAGGCAAAAAAAGCUCAACGUGGUUUAACGACUUCAUAUGGGGCUCUAGAGACUGAAUUGCAUAAAUGGGUUAUGGAGUGUCGUCAAAAUGGUUACUGCGUAACACGCAUGGGAAUUCGCUUACGUGCCCUUCAAAUGGCUAAAGAUGACAAAUUAAAAGCACCAGGCAUUGAAAAUUUUGUUGCGUCAGCAGGAUGGUGUACCCGCUUCAUGAAUAGGUUUGCCCUAUGUUUGCAGCAAAGAACAAAGAUUUCACAGAAGUUGCCAAAAGACCUUGAUGAAAAAGUGAUGUCAUUCCAUUCAUUCGUCAUAAAACAAAGAAGGAUCCAUAACUAUGACCUGGGAGAUAUUGGGAAUGUGUAUGAAACACCUAUGACCUUUGAUCUUCCAAGCAACAGAACUGUGGCAAGUUUGGGAGACAAAACUAUUUUGCUCAGAACCACAGGAAAUGAAAAAAAACAUUUCACAGUCGUUCUGUCAUGUUUGGCUAAUGGAACUAAGCUACGGCCUGUCAUUAUUUUUAAAAGAAAGACCUUGCCUAAAAAGGUCAAAUUCCCACCACGAAUUACAGUGCGAGCACAUGUUAAAGGCUGGAUGGAUGAAGACGGAACAAAAAAAUGGCUGGAAGAAAUUUGGAACGGGCGACCAGGAGCAGCCAUAAAGAAAAAACCAUCAUUGCUAGUUUCGGAUAUGUUCAGAGCCCACACACCUGAUGACAUAAAAAAAUUGGCAAAGUCUUCUCAAGUUACUUUGGCCGUUAUUCCAGGUGGGCUUACAUCUGUAUUGCAGCCCCUAGAUGUGUGUUUAAAUAAACCUUUUAAAGACCGUGUGCGAAAGAUGUGGCAUGAAUGGAAGUCAUCUGGUCAAGCCCGACUGACAAAAGUUGGAAAUCUGAUGAAGCCCGACAUAGAAUUGAUAGCAAAGUGGGUUCGUGAUGCAUGGGAAGAGAUUCCAGAGGACAUGGUGCAACGCGCAUUCAAGAAAUGUGGCAUUAGUAAUGCUAUGGAUGGCAGUGAAGACCACGCUUUGUAUGAAAACGACAGUAGGGAUGGUGAUGACUGCGAACUCAGUGAUGAUGACAAUGUCUAUGCUGAUAACCUCACACCAGCUGAAGCUCUGUUCGGACAUACAGAUAAUGAGGAGGAAUCCAGUUUUGAAGGAAUUUAACUCUUGUGUUUUUAGCUUGGUUGCUGAUUGAGCUAAGGUUUUUGUACUUUUUAAGUUAUUGUUGAUACCAUAUUGUUUUUGUUGACCCUCUUUUCCACUUACAGAGCUAGUUUACUGUUUCUUUGAAAUAAGUAUUCAAAAACCUUUAACCUACUGAUGCCUCAAUUAAAGGGACACUGUAGUCACUAUAACCAUUUCAUCUCUUUGAAUUGGUUAUAGUGCCUGGGCACUGUCCCUCCACUCAGUGUUGCACCAUGUUCGUGCAGUAUGCUACAACAUAAGAGUCCCUGGCCACCUACAGUCCAGCCCCUUCUGUAUGUGUAGCUAAGGCAGAGAUUACACACUUCCUUGUUGUCCUACCCAUUCAUACUGUCAGUUGGAGCUCUUGACAGGCUGAAAGCAGUCACCUGACACUCUCAGCCAAUCACAGCUGUCCAUUGCUGCUCAGGCUAAUACUUCCUUAUUAGCCAAAGCUGCACAGAUGGGAGGGACUGCCGGGGACUCUUGUUUAGCUUUAAAACAUAAAAACAUUAAAAACUGUUUAAUGCUGAAAGAAAUUAUGGUACCAGGGGACUCCAGACAGUAUAACCAGUUUAAUGAGAGGAAGCAAAUACAGUGCCUACGGUGUCCCUUUAAUGUAAUUUUAUUGGUAUCUGUUUUUAUUUUUGAAAUUUACCAGUAGCUGCUGUAUUUCCCACCCUAGGCUUAUACUCAAGUCAUUAAGUUUUUUCCCUGUAUUUUUUUGUAAAAUUAGGUGCCUCGGCUUAUAUUUCGGGUUGGCUUGUACUCUAGUAUAUACAGUACUUUUAUAUGCACAUACACACACAUAAACUAUUAUUCUAAGUGUAUUUUAAUAAAAUAUAUAUAUAUAUAUAUAUAUAUAUAUAUUUAUUAAACUAAACAUACAAUAUGUGUGUGUGUGUGUGUAUGUGUGUAUAUAUAUAUAUAUAUAUAUAUAUAUAUAUAUAUAUAUAUAUAUAAUCAAUAAGAAAAUUGAAAAAAAUUAUACCUGUAUUUUGAUAUUAAUAUACAUAUAUAUAAAUCAAAAUAGUUAGAAUGGCAUUAUAAAUACAUUAAUUUGUGUGUGUGUGUGUGUGUGUGUGUGUGUGUGUGUGUGUGUGUGUGUGUAUGUAUGUGUGUGUAUAUAUAUAUUUUUUUUUUAAUUUUUUUUUACAUGAUUAAAUCAUUUCAUUAAUUACUAUUUGAGGGACUUGCCUGACAACCUAGGCAGAAAGUCCAGAGAAUAUGGUACGCAAGCCCUAUAUUUAACCCUGUAACUUUCCAAGACACCAUAAAACCUGAACAUAGCGGGGUACUGUUUUACUCAGGAGACUUCGCUCAACACAAAUAUUAGUGUUUCAAAACCGUAAAACAUAUCACAACAAUGAUAUCUGUGAAAGUGCAUUUUUUUCACAAACAGCACUUUCACUGACAAUCUAAUUGUUGUAAUGUUUGGAAACACUAAUAUUUGUGUUCAGUGAAGUCUCUCGAGUAUAACAGUAACCACCAUGUACAGGUUUUCUGGUGUUUUUUUUCAAAAGUUGCAGAGUGUAGUAUAAGACUUGCAUUUCCAUUUUUUCACAUUAACCAGAUUGGUUAUGUUGCCUUUGAGACCGUAUUGUAGCCCAGGAAUGAGAAUUACCCCCAUGAUGGCAUACCAAAAGUAGACCACUCAAGGUAUUGCAAAUAGGGUAUGUUCAGUCUUUUUUAGUAGCCACUUAGUCACAAACACGGCCAAAAUUAGCAUUCAAAUUUGUUUUUUGCAUUUUUUACACACAUACAAAUUAGAAUGCUAACUUUGGCCAGUGUUUGUGACUAAGUGGCUACUAAAAAAGACUGAACGUACCCCAUUUGGACCUACUUAGAGGGUUUAGCAUAUCUGUAAUUAGUUGGAAGAACUCCCUCACUGUCUCUGUUGGGUAUUGGAGACCCUCCUACUUCCUAAGCAGUUUAAAUCUAUCCAGAUAGAAAACAUAUUUCAACUCCCAAAACUGCAGAAAACCUUAUCUUGAACCAUGGGGUAUGUCCUUGUACGCUUUACAUACGGUCAGAUUAAACAAUACUUCUUUCAGCACAGAGAAGUAAAAUUCCUUACUUAUACAAAGACCAUGUAUGGACCCUUUUAUGCUAAUCUCUCUACAUGCAUAGUUCAGUGCUGGUAAUAGUAUAGACCUCUGCUACUCCAGCCCCGGGAAUAGUCUAAUCCAUAUAAUUGGAGUCCUUAUUCCGUUGUGGUUGUCCACAUUACGGACUCAAAGGAUAUCCCCACUAGUUUGAUUCGAUUAUGCUUGCCUUUUGACAACUAAAUUUAGGGGUCCUACCUUUGCAACAGUACCAGCCAACUUGAAACCCAGCCUUUGGCUUCUUAAAUAUUCUGCCUAGUGAGAUUCUUAUCCCUCGUUUUUUUUUCAUCCUGAAGAGGUAUACUGUCGUGGAAUGUACUUGUAUUUAUGGACUUUCAUCUGGAUAACAUGUUGAAACCCCCUUGGGAUUCUAAACUUUUCGUAUAAUUUCACAGUGUUCUAUCACAUAAGCUUUCAUAGAUACCACUCUUAAGUGGUUCAUCUUAUUCCUGUUUGUUAUGUAAUUAUAACUCUUAUUAACUGUCGGACUGCAUAUUUUGUGGUACACUAUUCACCCUUGUGAUGUGAGAUUAUAAUAAAAAAAAUUAAAGUUUGUCAUGCCACAGAUUCACCAUCUUUGGGUUAAUGGGAAGGCAAACAAAACCGAAGACCAGCCACCUUCUCUCAAGAAGGAAAAUGUCUCAAUCUGUUUUUAAAAUUAAAGAAAUGUGUGCAUUAUUUUAUAAUUUAAAAUGUAGCAUAAUCUAACAGCGAGCACUGGACACCACGUUGACACAUUUUGUACCAUGGUUGCACUUUCUUAGAAUUCAGUGUGAAGGCAGCCCUUGGAUCCUGGAUCUAAAGGAUCAUGGUCUCAAACACCUUUAAGAUCCAUCAACAAAUGUUGAUAAGUUUGUUUUCCUUUAGGUAUUCUAAGAUAUGUCACAUAGAAAAAUGUGACUGUAUAUUGAACAUUACUUGGGAGUUGAAUCUUUACACUUGGGUGAAAUUCUGUGUUUUCUGAGAACAAUUUGUUUUUUUUUUGUUUUUGUUUUUAUCAAUGGAAAAGUCACACUUUUUGCAAGUGGUUCCAUCGGUCCUGUUUUGUCCUGUUCCAUCGAUCCUGUUUUGGUUUUCGUAUCCAGACUUUAGUGCUGGAUUAGAUGGCAGGCAGCUCUCCAGAUGUUUCUUACUCAGUGCUUUGCUUGCUUCCCUUGUCUUAGAGCACUCAAAUGUUCAGUGGAUGCAUGUCUGAAACUGUUUCAUCACUCUGAUGUGUAUGUCUGCAGCCCACUCAGGGCUGAACAUGCGCAGAGCACUUCUUUCUUGUAGGAGUGCAAUGCAAGCAAACUGCACUUUCUGUUGCCAUACUUUGGAUGCAGGGAACAAUUAGAGGACAUUGUGAAAGAGCUCACAAUACAGGAUUGUCUUUCCAAGACUGGAACUUUUUGGAGAUUUGACUUGGCCAACAGACAAAAAGCUACAUGUCUUUGUGUUUUUUUUUUUUUUUUUUAUUGCUAUCACUUACAUGACUAAGUAGAUUUCUAUCUCACAGAUUGGUGGCUUGCAUCCAUAAAUGUUUACCUUUUAGAAUGUGGAAUUGGUAAAGUGACAGGUUGGGUUUUAAUGGUUGUCAUGCUCAUUGGAUAGAUUUUGUCACAAAGUCUCACACUUAAAAAUGGUAUUCCUUCUAGGUACUGAUGAGGAGGAAGAUGAUGCAGAAGUUGUUGAGGAAGAAUCUGUGCAGGGAGAUGUUGUCGAAUCAACCACCGAAGAGCACAAGUCAGGAAAUGUAUUACUUGAUGUUGAUGACUCUGAACAAUCCUCAGGAGCAGAAGAUGACAAGAACCCUGAAGAGGAUGAGGAUGGGUAGCUGAGAUUAGGUGAUGCAGGGAAGCUGUUCCACCCCACUUCUUAGGAAGCGAGGUGCACCUCAGGUGUGCAGUUAAAUAAAACAAAAACAAAACAGUGAGUGCUCCUGCAAGAGAGUAAUUAAGUGUUCUGAAAUUCUGGAGCUCCUCUUUCAACCCCACCUCACAAAAAACGUUCAUGACAGUCAACCUGUUUUUAUUCACUUUUUUAGAUCAUAGAAUGGGACUGACGUCAUGUGAUUCUAUUCCACUGCAACCAGUAUAGGAUUAACGCUGCUGACGUUACUAGCGCAGUAGACAAACGAGUGGCAGAAUUCAAAACUGGAUUUAUAAAAAUGCUAAUUUUAAUUAUAGUUUAAAAACAAUGAUUUUAUAGAGGUUUUUUUUUUUUUUUUUUAAAUCAUCUUUGCAAAGAGUGAAUUUUAAAGGGAAUCUUAUUUUGUAUGUUUUUUUUUUUUUUUCACCAGUCUUUAUUCCUUUGUGUUGAUGGGGUACUCCUUGCAUUUCUUUAUUUACCUUGUUUUUAUCCAUGGUAUAGUAAUGUAGUCCAUUGCUACAACAAUACGUUCCACCUUACAAUGUUCUUUAGCAUACAAUUCAUCUUCCCUUUUUUUUUUUUUUUUUAAAUCUCCUUCAUGAAGAACCACACCAAGCUACUACCUAUUAAUAUAUUUGUCUUAUCUGAGUGUAUAGGUUGAAACCGAGGGCUAGAUUUUUUUAUUUUUUUUAGAGGUAUAUGUGACUGGAUGCAUUGCUUAAAAUUUAUUAUAGAAGCUUACUGUCUAAUUUGCUCCUAAAUAAGGCUGCUAAUGAGUUCUUGUUGGUAGCAUGGCGCCCAAGUACUAAUUUUGUAUUUGAUGUAUAGUGUCUGAGUUUAAAGCACAGUUCAGAUUUUGUAUUCUAGUGGGUGCAACUCUCCGCUAGAAGCCCACCUUUAAGCCCAAAGUGUGUUCAGACACUACAUAGAAUGUGAUCUAUGCAUCUCUGUCCCCAAACACUCCACUCCAUUAUGUGAGAUUAGCCAAAGACUAUUGGAGUGGAUAUUGUAAAAAGAAAAACAACAAAUGUAUCUGGACGGUAUUUUACUGCAAUUCUGACACCCAUAACCUAAACUGAUUUAAAAAAUAAAUAAAUGUGCCUGUAUUGGUCUAGAAUAGAUGACGUCUUUGGUUCACUGGUAGAAAAUCUAUAUCGGUGUAACUUACCAAGUGGGGUUAAUUCAUUUUGUUGACUUCUGCCCUUUUGCAAAAGACAUUGUAAUUUAAAAUUAUGGGAUGUAUCUUUCUCCUUUUUAUUGUUAGUCCAUUGAUAACCAUGUUAGCUGAUUUUUUUUACUUUCCAGCACGACACAAAUGUAUUAAAUACUCAUAAGAUCAGAAGUUGGUGUGUAUCUCAUCACCUAUGUAAACAGACUUUAAGUAGCUCGUAAAAAAAACCCCAAAACUCAACUUUCCAGUGUUUGGGCACUGGACCAUGCUAUUUUUUUAAUAAUUUUUUUUUUGCAACAUGCUAAAGCAAGGCUGGAGAGAUUUACUGCUUUAAACUGCCAAGUGAUCAGAAUUGCAGAAAAAUGGCAUGUAUAAUUAAAAAACCAAACAAACAAAAAAAACAUGAGUUACUGUCUUUGUUUAACCCAGGUAUUUAGGCCAUUCCAUAUUUUCUCCCCAACCCCUCAAUAUAAAGAAAACAUUUUUUUGUGGCAGAUCCAUUUAAAAAAAAAAAAAAAACAUUUAUCAUUAAGGUAAUCUUGUGGUUUUUUUUUUUUUAAAUGUAUUUUGUGAUCUGUGAUGCUUUAUGAUCAAGGUGUUUGCAUUAAAUCACUGGAGAGGAAUAGUGAAAGGGUUAAUGAGUGUCAAAGUUAGAUUUAAUUUUAUUAUGCCAGUACCACACCACAAAAUGUGUGUAGCAUUUUUUUUAGUUUAGCUGCUGUUAAGCUUUAUGUAUUUCAUUAUACAUUCCACUUUUUUUUUUUUUUUUUUAAAACAUGAUUUGAACUUUUUCAAGUCCAGACUGUGCUCUCCGUGCUAAGAUUUAUAACUUUUUUUUUCUGUUUUGUUUUGUUGUUUGCUGUAUUUACUAACAGUCAAGGGUGGGUCUAUGAGAGGAUCAAACUUUGCAAGAGUUUAGGCUCCUCUUACGUGACCGAUCAAGUUUGCUUUUCUUCCUUUUAAUACAAUAGUAUGUACACUGGCUUACUGUUUGUGAGUGAGUGAGUGUAUUUAUAGAAAGAGAGAUGAUUGCUAAAGUGUUUGGAAAGCUUCCUCCUACUAAAUGGUGUGGAUCCACGUGCAGUCCAUCGCACACACAUUGGUAGUUUAAAAAGCCAGUGCUGUAAAUAAUUUUGAGACAAGACCUGAGCAUAAUAUUUACCAGAUGCGCUUCCUUGGUUUUGAUUCCUUUUUUUUAAAGUUGUUUUAUCCAAAGAUGUUGCAAUAAUUAUUUUAACAGCUUAGGUGGUGCGGACAGAAAUCCAGCUUGCAUAUGAUCACAGUGACCUCUAGUGGUAUUUAUGCGGCACUGCAUUGCCAUUAACUUGGCAGUAAUCCUGCCUAUUUGCCCUGAACCGAGCAACGCGAUAUCUAUUCUUUUAUAUGUAUAGCACUCAGUAGGAUUUGCUUAUCCCAUCACAUAAUCCCACUGGAAAGGAAACUGUAGCUGUAUUUGCACAUAACACUAUUCAGGAAGGUUGUAAGCAUUUCUGUUUUUACCAUCUGUUAUCUCUUUUUAUGUAUAUUUUAAUGCCUCUAGGCGAUUUUAGUUGUCAUAAAGCAACAGAAACUAAUCAGCUUGCAUCAUCUAACUAGAUCUUGCUACAAAAAAAAGUAAAAUCUAUAUAGUGCUUUGUCCUCAAUGCCUCUUGUAGGUUCAGUAAGCCCUUAUUGUGCAAAUCUAGACAGAUGAGGUUUUUGGUGAGGGGGUGGGUAGCUAGUUAAUAUUUAGAUUGCUGCUGCUUGGCAGUGUUAUGCUCAGGAUAUUAGUGCACUGAUUAAUCUACAAAUAAAGCCUCUUUAUUGUAUUUCUUGUUUUUGUGCAUACUUCAGUUUUUCUACAGCAUAGCAAUUAGGGGCCCUAGUAUAGUUUUGGGUUUGAUAUUAAACGCAGUAAAAAGAAAUAACAGGCUUGAUAAGCUGCACGUAUUUUCGUUUUUAAAAAAUAAUUUUUAGAAUGGAAAUCUCUCCAAUAAGCUAAGACAGAGUGUCUGCAAAGUCACUCUUUAAUUUGCGUGAACAGUUUAAAUCAGGUUUUCCUGGCUCAGCUUCAUGUGAUGGCUAGUCGACACAAACUGAAGUGCAGGUGGGUAGCCUUCACUGAACUAACAAUCUGUCCCUCAAAUGAACACGUUUGAAUCCAAACCAAUCACCUGAGCAUAUGCACAGAAAUCAUUAAAUUCUGUACAGUUAAUGAUUACAGGAGGGCCAAGGAUGAGGAACUUUGCAGUGUGAGCAGAUUUAGACCAGUCCGGGAUUAUCAGAGUACCAUGGCAGAUAGUGGCAUUCCAGAAAUUCACCAGCGUUUACUGAAAUGCCUCCAGUGAGAUUUUUGUAAAAAAACAAGUAUCUCUAACAAUUGGUUGUUAUCUGUAUAAUGUGGUACUUAUGCAGAUAUUUAAACCUCUUGUAUGCUAGUGACUGAGAACCAUGAGUUGUGUGGCCCUUCGGCAUUGGUGUGCAUGUUGUAUUGUUUAGCCCUAAACUAUUGUUCUUAAAUUACUCCUCGGAGAGCCCCGUAAGUUCCGGAUGUUUAGAAAACAAUGCUUUUCCAGAGGUAUUCCAACUGGACUCUGUUUUGAAUGGCUAAUCCUAAUGUUCAAAUAGUACCGUUUUAAUUCUAGCUUGUUCAAGAUUCCUGGAAGAUUUAUUUGUGUCCAUUUGGCAUGAAGGGUGUGAAGUGCUUCUCAUUCUUGACCACUUCUUUAAACUCUAACUGUUCACAGAUUCCUUCUUUGUUGAUGGGGGAAAAAAAAAGCUUUUCCAUAGCAGAUUUGUUCAUUUUUAAUAAAAGCUUCAUCAUUUACAAUUUGUGUCGCUCUUCUGUGUUACUGUUCUGACAUUGGCUUAGAAUUGAACCUACAUUACUUGCUGUCUAAAGACUUGUGAACAAUGUAAAACUUGCUUGAAAGCCUUGUCGAUAUGAAAGAGUUUUCUGCAAGUAUGCUAG